CUCAGGGAUAGCACGCUCCCAUAGAGACCAUCUAUGAAUGAGAAUGCAAGAACAUGACGACCGAAGAAUUAAAACGUGCUCAGAGGCCCUGGUAAAGCAUCGUAUAGACUUGCAAUGCUAGACAGCAGCGCUGUUGGCGACGCCCGAAGCAACGAAUCACCACAACAUAAAUGAGCUCUGGACCAGGCCUCAGUGGGGCUAAGGCAGCAACGGCGAAAAAAUGGCGGAUGAAUCCGAAGCUGGACUGGAUAGCAAAGCUCUACAUUCGCUACGCGUCGUCGACCUCAGAUCUGCUCUAGAGAAACGAGGACUACCGAAAAGUGGGAGCAAGAAGGAACUCGUUGAGCGACUGAAGCUGCAACUUAAGAUAGAGAAACUGCACGAGGAGUCUGUGAAAGCUGAAGAUCGUGUGCCCAACCUCGACCUCCAAGAUGAGCCGACCGGACAGAACGACUUUGUCAGGCAGUACUUGGCAGCUCAACAACAAACAUACGCAAUGCAACUUAAAGAGCGCAGACUGGCUGAGAUGCAGGCCUGCAGCAGUGUUCCAGAACAAGUGGGUGGUCAAGAGGCCGCUGCAGCACCAGUGGUGCUCAGCCCAGCUGAGGAUGAGAAGAGCAGCCACCAAGGGUCUUGGGAGCGUCCACGCAGAGGCCGUACCUGCCCAUCUUCUAUAGAUCCAGGAGGGGAUCAAGCAAAAUUGCCUGUGGAAGCAAAUAAUGCAAUAGACACUUGUAGAAGGAGUAGUCUUCGCCAACAGAGGCCAUCUCCUCCAAGUCCUGCGAAGAAAGGUCGCACAAAGCAAGCAGGAGCAGGGGAGCUUAAGCAAGGUUGCCAGCCGGAGUCCAAAUUUAAAAGCAGCCAAAGUGAGUGCAGCGUACAUGACAUAGUGCAAAGGGUUGUACAGUCACCUCAAAAAGGAGCAGUAGCACCUGUCGUUUCCCCUCUGCCAAUUGAAGAGCGGCAAGAACAGCGGUACCCUUCCAGAAGGAAACGAGAGCAGUCUGGCAGUGAAGAAAUGGUCACUGCUUUACAGUCUGAAUGUACAGUAACCAUCAUCAAUGAUGAGAAAGAGUUGUGUGAUGCAGAAACAUGCCAAACAACACCAGCUGGCCACGAGAACAGAACUGCUGAGAAAUGUCAAUUUGUGAGGGAGAAACAUGCACGGUUAGAAAAUCAAUCCGCAGGACUUAAGACUGCACAUAGAAGCACACGAAAAAAAAACAAGAGAACAUCAUCAACCACUAUGGCAUUAAGCAAAGACACCAAUGCUGAAUCCAACCCAUUAGAUCCAGGCCAGCAAACCUUACCCCAGCAAUCUUCAUCAGGGCCCACUCGGUUAAACUUCGAAAAAACAAGCAACCCCAUACAAUGCUGUGUAGUAGAUGGGAGUGAAAAGAAGGGAAAGCCAUUGCGAAUGCUCAUAACAAGGACGGGCACAACAAAGAGUGUCAUUUCUUGCAACCGUGUAAAUAUGCGAUGUGAACCAUUUCCUGAAAAUGCUGCUGCAUGCCAGUUGAAUGCUUCAUCUACUCAAGUGCCUUGUAAUGUGCUAUCAAGUGAACCAACACUUCCAUCAUCUGCCUUAAAGAAUUGCCAGCCAGACACAAAAGAUACCCAAAGCUCAAGCCAUUUGUUAGAAGCACAAGUUGGAGAUGACCUUUAUGAAACACUGAACAAAUUAUAUAUAACAGAGGCGGAUUGCAGGAAAAAAGUAACAGAGACAGAUAGUGAGAAGGAAAGUGUCAGCUCAGUGCAAUGUGACACAAUACCAGGGUGUGCAACACCUGAAAGUAGUGCACCCAGUUUGGCAGAACAAGAUAGGAAUGAUGAAGGCUUAAAUAAGGAUUCUGAUAUGGGAAAUUGUGAUAGAAACACAGAGGAAAACAUGUCAUCAGAAAAAAAAGAAAGUGUUCAGCCAGCAGCUGCAAUUAUUCAAGAUGUAGAACAAAAAGCACUAGAACAACACUUGAGUGCUUCUUCAACAUCUCCUGCUGGACACAAUGCCACUAGCACAAGUAGCAUGGUGGCAGGUGCAUCUAGCAGCCCCACAAGACCAUCUGUACGUAGACCGCUGACACUAGCAGAAAUGACAAGUGCCGUAGAAUCCAUUCUUCAAACAACAGAGCGAACACUGGCCAUGAGUGAACAGUGCCACGACAUGCCCGACAAUGAUGCGAACCUCAUCGAUAAAAAAGAAGUUGACAGUGCUACUGACAGCCUUUUAAAGGAGAUGAGUGUUAACAAUGAAGACAUCAACUUCCAGCUCAUUACCUCUUGCCUGCCAGCACAACAGGACAAAACACUUGAAUUCGCAACACCAACUCUAUAUAAGAAUGACAUUCCCAGUGAUGACAAGAGCGGCUGUGGAAAAGAGGAAAUCAGUGUAAAGAGCACUCCCGAGUCACCUUAUGAUACGAUAUUGCCCCAAAGAGAAUCAGCCAUGCUUGAAACACCAAGCAGUAUUUCACAAAAUGAACUUACCUGCACCAGUAUACCGCACACAGAUGAACUUUCUGGUACACGAGUACCAUCAGAAGCAUCACUUACCAAAGAAAAGGUGAUGGAUCGAGGAGCACAACUAAACACAUCUAACAGUUCAACGCAAUGCUUUGAUGCUAUAGGGUUAGAUUCAGUCAUUAAAGAAACCAAAUAUUGUACAACUUCAGAGAGCGGCACACAUCAGCAAAAAAUAUCUGAACAGAACACUUCGACUGAAAGCAGUACUGCACUUCCAACAGAAUGCUCAGAAGACAUAGAUACUGAAAGAUCAUUUGAGGGUACAAGACUGACAUGCACAUUUACAGAAGCUUCAAAACACGAUGGUACAUGGAAGACAUUAAACAAUACUGAAUCCUUACAAAUCUUCAAUGCUAAAAUUUCUGUGCAAGUGCCUGAGAAUGAGCAGAAUGUAAACACUAAACAUGAAGUGCAAGAAAUGGGUGAUAAAAACUCGCUUUUGGAGAGUGCCUUCAAUCAAACGACCUUGGAACCUUUGCUUGAGACACAAGCUAAGCAAGAUAAUGGCCAGAAAGCUCUAACACAACGCCAGUCUUCAGACUGCCUUCAUUCUGCUUUUGAAGACAAAAAUGCGCCACACAGUCUUGUAUGUGUGCCGCCUCUUGAAACAGCACUGAAACAGAGUGCAUGUGUAGAACUGCUCAGCAGCUUAUCAUCACCACUGAAUAUAUUACAAGAAACACAGAACUUGCAUGCAAACAUUGCAGAAAAAGGUGCACCACUAGAAAUGCAAGUUAACAUGCAACGCUUCAGUCUAUUCAAAACAAACUCAGAAACAUUUUCUUGUUCUGCCGAUAAAGCACCAAAAUCAGCAGAGACACUAGAAACACCUGGACAAGAAGUGGAGCUAAGUAGGGGAGAUCAGCUGACCAGAAUUACAGAAGUGUCCCCAUGGUCUCAUGGUAGUGAUACUGCAACAAUGAUAAGCCCAUGCAGUCCACUUUAUAAUGAAGAACCUGGGGAAGGCAAGAAAAUGGACACUUCUAGUUUCGUUCCAGAGCCACUUUCAUUGAACUCGGAACAAAGCACACUUAUACAUGCUGAUCAUAGCGAGCAGCUUGAUCAGCACCAUGCCUCAGAUGACCACAUACUGUCCAAUGUGUCUGCAGAUGCUGAUGCACCAGCAAUACUUUCACCAAGCAAGAAUGCAGCCAUUAAAUUAGAUAACAGAUGCUUCAGCUACUUGCCUGAAGAGCAAUCAACCAUAGGAUCAGGCUCAAAUGAGCAUCUUCAAAAUGAAGGAACAAAAACUAAAGCAGUGCCAGGUGCUCUUCUGACAGUUCCUAGCAGAGAAGAGAAACCAGGAGAUGAAACCUCAAUUGACAGCUUGCAGGAAUGUACAGAAAAUACAAUGCAUGAAAUUACUGAGAAAGCAGUGGUGGUCACAAUGAUUGCAGGAUGUACAAUUUCCAAUGUUGGGACCACUGAUGAGCCAUCUGACCGAAGAAAAGAUCUGCUCCACGUUCCACAAGAAGAAGAGAGACAAAGGGAAAUGCAAGAAGAGAUCGCUCUUCCACACCAUGCAAAUUCCUCACCACAGGACAAAUCUGGAGACAAAGACACUAUGUCUACGUACACCACAAACCAAGAUGUUAAGCUUACCAGCUGCGAAUCGCCUAAACUGCAAGACGAAUGCAUCUCAGAAGCACUUAACAGAGAAACUGGUGUGAAUUUGGGCAACUCUAAUGGUGCUACGAAUGCAAGUGUUUCAGACAAUGCAAUCACGAGUUCAAUGCCCUUGAUAUCAGUGGUUUCUGAAAGUUCAUCAGGCUGCUUGGCCAACAUGCAUAAGCAAAAUGAAAAAGCUUCAGCUGUAAGUACAGUACCCUGCAGCUUACUUCGUGGCUUUACAAUUACACAGCAGCACCACCACCAACCCUCCCAAGAUGUCUCAGGUUUAGGGAGCUGUGACUCAACGACCGAGUCUUGCAAUGCUUUACAGCAUUCAACAGCUGUGUCAAUCAAAAAAUGUGGGGGAAUAUGCCCCGAUGCUAACUCAGCCACAAGCGUGUCAGAAAAAGGGCAACAUUAUGAUGAGACUUCUCAAGCACCUGACAGCACGAACAAGGAGUGUGUUGUGUUUCUUCAUACUGGUUUUUGCCAUAAUUCUGCAACUGUAAUGGGACCAGUGCAAGCGCAUUCAUCACCAAGCGUACAAGACACAAAGAAAUUGCCCUCCAACAUUAUACCAUGUUCCAAUGCCUUGAAACCUACUGCAAUUUCUCAGUUCUCCACACUACAUGAAAAUGAUGUGGACAUUCUGAAUAAGCCCAUGCAAGGUGAUGCACAAAUGCACACAACUCAAGACAGAGGAGCUGCACCAAAAGAAGUUAAAAAUAUGGUCACUUCUGUUUCUGGAGGUGGAGAGACUAGGGACAACAGUGGUGCCAUGAAAUCAGAAUCAACUGCAGGUGGUGCACGUGGCAAUUUCAGCCCAGCACAAAGAACACUUGAAAAUAACGAUAAUUUUGAUAACACAAGGGUGUGCUCUGGGGAAGGUAACUUGGCCAGCACUGGAGAGAAAUUUGCUACUACCACAGAAGUGAAAGAAGACAUGAAUAGCGCUGCAUCAGAACUACAGAGUGCCAUCACAGCACAUGAGGUUUCAACUGAACUGAAACAUACUAAGAGAACAGAGGUGACCGACAGCAAGCACAUGGAAUCACCAUCCGAGAUUAUGUCACAAAAACAUGAAUGUGUUGACGAAACAAAAGAAACAAUGGCAGCCAACACCGAAGUGAUCAUGGUUCACAGCAACAAAGACAACACAACAGCAACUGAACAGUUGUUAGGGGACGAAAAUGAUUCUUUCCAAAAAUGCAGCACUCAUAACCAUGAAAACAAGCAAGCAGUGGGAGGCAGUCCUCGCCUUCGUGGCAUAUCACCUGAACAUCCACCUUUCACUAUGUCUGUAACUAUACCAUGUAUGGUACAUGAAGCAAGUGCAGCUUCUCAAUAUUUUCCACAGGAAUCCACAAGUACUGUGGUUCCUGAACACUCAGAAGAACUUCACACUGAUGUCAGACAUGAACAAGAAGCUAUAAAAGAAUUUGAAAGUGUUGAAUUUGGUGGGCUUGAAGAGUUGGACACAAAAGAACCUACUGACGACUCAAAUGAUCUAAAUGUCACUGGAUCCACCGAUAUAUCAGUGAAGGCCAGACAAAUCAUUCACCAAGGUGCUGAAACAAAUUGUGUUCCUCACAGCAGCACUUUAAGAAAUAAAAAUGAUCCAGCACAUUCAAAUUUAUCAUCCAUAGAAAAGUGCCCAGAGGAUGGCAUAAGACCUCAAGAUGUUGAAACAGUGUUUAUUUCACCAAAUACAGCAAAUAUGGAGUGUGGCAAAAGUGAGCAGACGAAUGUGAAGGGCAUUGAUAACAGUAGUAGUUAUUCACUAAGUAAGACAUGUUUCACUGGGCUGUAUUCAACUCUGGGGCCACAAAAGAGGCAGCCUGAACCAAGCAAUAUAGCAUCCACCACAACUCCAUCUGUACACAAAGAAAAGGACAACCAGACGGAUAGCGAACUUAACUAUACACACAGCACCACAGACAUGACUUGUAGCACAGCCUCUUCAGGAAACACUACAGGACUGGAAUAUUCAAUUGCAGCACAUGCAGUAUCGCAAAUUUCUGCUACUGAAUGCAUUAACUUAACACACCUUGAUAUAUGUGAUAGCAAUCAAGCGGUAGAGACUCCUAGAACACUGGGACGUGAUUUUCGCACCAAUGCUGAACAUCCCAAUAGGUCUGCAGAAACUGUGAAUAGCCCGGUGAACUUUACUGUUCAGGAUGAGUUAGAAUGCACGCCAGGAAAUCGGCAGCACUGCGCAUUUUUACCAACUGAAGAUAUCCCCAAGGGCUCGGAGAUUCAAGGCAAAGCAUAUAUUCUCAGUAGUCCGUCCAACAGCACUAGUGGAGACGUUAGCAGCUUAAUUUAUAACAGCAAAGGGACGAAAGAAGAUUCAAUACAAAUGGAAGCGCAGCACAGCGCCGACCUCUUGAGAGCAUCAGGAGCAGAUGGUAUGGACACAGAUGUUGCUGCAACGCGUUCGAUGAAAUUCCCAAGCCGUUUGGAGUCCCAAGAGAGCAAUGCGGCGUCAAACACAUGCGGUGGAUACAGUUUCAGUAUUUUGGCUUCUCCGAAAAGCAGUGUCGAAUGGCGGUUUACGGGCGGCUGCAAGAACCCCGAAUAUCAGCCACAUGACGCGUGUGAACCCUUUCGACAGAACUGCAGCAAGUCCCACGCUAGCGCCGGUCUUCAGCACGAAACACAGGAGACGGAGAGAAAUGUUCUAGACUGUGGUGACCCAAGUGAUAGUAGUGGGGGCACCAGCUGUUCUGAAACUGAAGAGCACGAAAUGGCGCGCCUACGGGGUCGAGGGGUGCGCAAGCAGGUGGCUGCUCGGGCCACCAAGGAGUCAUCGGAAGCAUCUUCUGAUGGGGAAGGCAGUGAGGCUGGAAACCGGCGGCUGCGGAAUGGUCGCCGCGCAACGCCAGAGGAGCCUCGGGUGAUGCGGCGUUCAUCACGCAACCGCAAGGCAGCCACUGAGGAAAGCCCCAAGGAAGAUUCGGAUGCCGCCACUGAACCUGAGAGCACACCAGGGAGCCCACAACUGGAGGAAGGCCAGGUGCUGAGUCCCGUUCAUGAAGAGGAGGAGCAGCCUGUGGGUAAGAAGGCAUCGGAGGGUAGUUCAAGCUCAUCAUCAUCGGAGUCGUCAGAUUCAUCAGAUGGGGAGGAGGAACCAGUGGGCCGAAGGGGCCUCAAGGGGCUGCUGGUGUCGUCCCCAGGGCAACACCAGCCACCCUCAGAAGAGCCCCGUUCGCCCCCCAACAGCAAGCCACCACAGGAGGAGGGUGUCAAGAGCCAGGAGGAGCCAGCUGAAGUGGAGACCACAGUCCCUGACCAGCGUCCACUGCAAGAGGAGAGGCCAUCCAUAGAAAUCGUUUCUGAGGAUGCAGAAAUGAAGGAAGAUGAUGAGAGCGAGCCAGCAGCAUCGGGAGCAUCACCACCCAAGUUUAAAACCAGGAGGCUUUCGACUGCAGCCUUGAAAAAGGAUUCUGAAGAUAAAGAGGAGAGGCCACAGCGAAAACGCAGAUGGGGCUCCACGAAUGUUGUUCUUGGUCCUUCAGUAAGCAUUUCUACUGCUGCACUGAAGGACCUGAUACCUGAUAUUGAAGAGCCACUGUCCAAGCCCAAAGAGCUUGAAGAGGAGCAUGUCACUGCAUCUGUUGGAGAGUCACCAGUCGCAGAGCUUGAGGAGGCGUCUGAUGAGCCACCAGUCAAAGUGCAGGUUGUAGAUGAACGUACUAGCGAAGAAAUGCCACCCUGCGAUGACAACACAGAAAAUGAUAAGGAAAGGGGGGAAGAUGGAGAGACUAGUCACAGUGAGAAGUCUGCGAAGGGUGACAAGGUUUCGAGUGAUGAGAAACCUACAGAUGAUAGACUGCCUAAGAGUGAGCGCUUCCCUCAAGACGAAAAUGAAGAGCCCCUUGGCAGGGAUGAGAAGGCAGUCAAAGCUGACAAACUUCCGAGAGAAGUUAGUAAAGAUGAUAACCUAAAAAAGCCGGAUGCAAACGAGAAGGAAACGAAAGUGGCCAGAGAAAGAGCGUCGCCAAUUACAGCACCAAGUGCUGAGCGCAAGGCCCUCCGUGUGAUCUCUGACAGAGCGCCCUUGUCUAAAAGGCCUGCUGCAAGCAAGGAUGAAGCAGGCCAGCGCAAGUUGGCAAGCCCACCAAGGAACCCCAAGAGCCGAAUUUUAUUUGUGCGCAACCUUGUGCGGCCUUUUACGUUGAAUCAGCUGAAGCAAUUGCUUCAAGAAUUUGGAGACACUGUUGAUUCGGAGUUCUGGAUUGACAAGAUCAAAUCCAAAUGUUUUGUAACUUAUGUAUCGGAGGAAGAUGCUGUCAAAGCACGAGAAGCAUUACAUAACCUGCGUUGGCCACUCUGCAAUCCUAAAAUAUUGCAUGUGGAUUUCUCAUCACCCGAAGAGAUGGAACGUCAGAAAGAGCCGCCCACGCCACCGCUACCUAGGCCAGCAGCUACAACAGAACGGAGUGUGCCAGCAUUUCAGCGCACAGUAGAGGUGGACACACGGCUGCCAGCUGGACGCGAAGUCUUGCGUGACCCACGAGAAGUUUUGCGAGACCCCAGAGAGCCCCGGGAAACUAGGGACCCUCGAGAACCUAAGGACCCUCGCGAGGCUCGGGGCACUCUUUCAGGGCCCCCAGCACGCUCAGAUAGGAGUAUGAUGGUUGAAAGACAGGCAAUCAACAGGCGGCCUGCUGUGCCAGUACGUGAGUGGGACCGGGACAAAUUGCGUCAGGAGACACCACCUCCACCGCCUGCUGAGCGGGCACCAGCCCAAUCUCGGAAUAAGGACAGUUCUCCGCCAGACAAGCGAGAACGUCGAGACAAAAAAGUGGCAAAGCGCAAAUCGGAAGAGGACACACCUGCCAAAUUGCUGGAUGAUUUGUUCCGUAAAACAAAGGCGAGCCCUUGCAUCUACUGGCUGCCUCUUACUGAAGAACAGAUAGCACGAAAAGAAGAAGAGCGGAAGCAGCGGCGACAGGAGCGGGAGCGCCGACGGCAGCAGCAGCAACUACAGGAAGAGGAAGAGCGUCGUAAGAGAGCCCUCGCACGUGACAUGGCUGCAAAGACAAAGCAGGAGUCCAAGCGCAGUGGCAGCCAUAGCCCUGUGCGGCGGCGUUAAAGAAUCCAAUGCUCCCAGUGGGCUUCAGCAGCCAAUAGCUAGGCAGGUGCCACCGGUUGGUCUGGGAGCCCCAUGCGGGAGACAGGCAGAGGGGCCCUCAGCAUCGACUUCCCUGCCCUAUCAGCCCGGCACCAGCACGGGCAAGGUAGUAGAGCUUUCUUGCGGCCCCCAAUAUUUCCCAAGCCCUUUUUCCCAAUUCCUUUUAGUAGUUCUGUCCCUCUGGUUAUAAAUAGUAGGCUUUUUCUUUGCUGUGAUUUCUGUAAUGGUGAUUGUUUUAAUAAUUUUUUCUGUCCUACUUAGUGUUGUUUAUUUUAUUGCUUUUUUACCCCAUGUUUGGGAGGUGACAAAUGUGAGCUCCUGAUGAAUUGUGGCUAGUUUAGCGUGCCUUGCUAGCAGAUGAAGAAGGUAAGUAUGGCUCGUACCAGGAAGGCUUGUAAACCAGAGGGACUAACUUCUUUGCUCCCCUUACCCCUUUCCACACCUUCCUACACCUUGAGUUUUAAGCUGCUCCGGGGAUUCAAGCGUUAGAACCAAACAGCAGCAGCAGCAGCAGCAGCUAGGCCAAGUGGGGCACACAUCUCAACAUGGCAGUGUCUUCUUGCAGAUAAAUGGGGAGAGGGCCCUUGGUCGGACUGCUUGCGUGCGGGACCCUAGUUAGCUGCCGGCAAAACUUCCCAGGGGUCGAUGGGCCCAGGCAGGAACACGUCGCAGCAUGCACCACAAUGCCUCAAAUUGUCUCCUGAAAAAAAAAAAAAAAAAAAAAAAAAAUCCAGCCUCCUCUUUCAUCGUCAUCGCCAUUUUGGAAUGGAUCUCAGUUGCUGUUGUUGGAGGGUGCUACUUUGGAAAAACUUUGUGUGCUUCAAACCAAGACUGCAUCCAAGACUGGCAGCUGGUGCAACACUGAUGCUUGUGCUGAUAAACUGCGGUGUUGGACUGCGGUGUUCGACUGCAUCAGCUUCACUUGUACACCCUUGGCACACGAGACUCCGUUGCAUACGCAUUGUUAAUUCCCAUCUGUCUCUCUCAACUUGGUUCUGCCAUUUUUCAAUUUGCAAGAAAAGUGGCUAUGUACUCAUAUCUGCAUUCAUUUCCUAGAGCGACUUUGUGAAUGCACUGCAAAAUGGCUCCAUGAAACUGUAAAGUCCAAGCUCCCAUUUACUGUUUCGUGUUCAUUCAUAGUGAAGUGUAAGGCCAAUAAAAGUUUAAAGCUUCACUCUCA